AUGCUGCUGAAUCUUGGCCUCACCGCGGAUGCCGCAGCAGCGCAUCCCACCGACCUCCCCAUGCAGCCCGAGUCAUCUCCAACGUCCAUUCUAUCCUUCACCUUCUGCCUCUCUCUGCCCUCACUUUCCUUUCUGGGAUCACUCUCUUCUAAAUCACCCAACAGCAUUGCUUCGCCAGUGACCCCUGAGAUCGCCAAGACGAUGAGCCAAGUCUCCCCAACGCCAGGGGGGCUCAUCGGCUCUUCUGCCACCAGAUCCGCUGGAUCAUCCGCGCCAGCAAAGUCCUUGGAGAGUCACAUCUCUCCCUCCAAAAAGCCACUGCGACCUAAGACCACAUAUCAGCUGGCCUACCCACCCUCCUCUGCCCGCCAUACGCGGCUAAGAUUGCGACCCAAGCUUCUUCUACAAGUGCAACAAGUCACGCACGUCGCCAGACCGCUGCCCCUCAUCGAUGUUCUUCCCUCGACCAUGUACGUUCCUCGGUUGGCCCGCACAUUUCCCGCCAUAUUCCGCGGGAGACACGGCUUGCGUCCAGAUGAUCUGAUCAUCGUCCGGAGCGAUGUGUACGGGGAAAAUGGAGCAGACCGUCCUGAGCAACGGGCCAGCUUAGACGAGGAAGAGGAUCGGCGUGAGGUAAUCGCCACUAUCUGCCCGAUGCAUCACGACGAUGCACGCACCAAAGGAAAAGCGGAGAUUUCCUUGAAUUAUGGGCCAUCCUGGGAGGCCACUCCACUUGCCAACGGGUCUUAUGAAUUCGUGGCGCAGACGAAUGAUGGUGCGCAAGUGAUGAGAUGGGCCUUGCGAAACGGAAAGGGUCGACGAGCCCCUGCGUCCCCAGGGGCGGCCGGACGGGAUGAUGGGAAGCGGUUCACCUUCAGCUUGAUCGACCCUCAUACCCGCCGGCAUCCGGUCAUUGCGUCUUUGACCGGAGGUCGUUUAGAGAUGCACGAAGAGUUCUCGCGAUCUGCCGCACGCUCAAUGACCGGAACGACAACCCCGUCUUCGGCAAUGUCCACCAUCAGCGAUGGGUCCGAUCCCGAGAUGCCUGGGGGCUCCGCCGAUGUGACCUCACUCGACGAUGAGCUACGAACGCUGAUCCUCGUGACGGGGAUCUGGGUGGCCUUACGUGAAGGAUGGUCUCGCACGUUCCAAUACGGAGAUCUUAGUGCAGCCGCCACAGGCAAGCGGCCCGUCUCGCCCUCCUCGUCGAUCCAGACUGGCCCGCUCUUUGGAGCUCACGCGGAUGAGGACCGCUCGCUAAGUUCUGAUGAGGGAAAGAAGGUAAAAGCCCCGGCCCUUGGAAAACGGUGCUUGUCCAUGUCCAGUGUGCGGCGGUCCCAAUCGCCCGCCACUCUGUCAGGACAGACGCUGAACGGCAAUCUUUCUAAGAGGUCCAAUUCCACGGGUGCCGCCUUCAUGAAUCGGGCCAAGAGUCGAAGCAGGUCGGUGAAAGGUGGCCGGUUAGGCAAGCGCCAUAGCUUGCUUACCAAAACCGGUGAGAACGGCCGCAAUAUCGUCGUAUCUCGCCCGUCGUCUCUCAGACAGAACUCUGUGACUCCGGAGACUACCAACGGAGGUCACACCAAGACUGGUCUCGGUUCCUCGACAGCACCUGCCAAGUCUACCUUGGCUGCCACCGUCGGUCCAGGCUACGUCACUGAUGGCGCGCCCGGUGCGCCAUCAAAGACAGCGGAACCUGGAAAGACCAAACGCCGUCACCGGCUGAGUGCCUUGUUCACAAUGUUUCACCGCAAACAUUGA